AUGCCUCCGCGAGCCUCAAUUAUCCCGAGUUUAUCUCAACGCUUUACCCGUGCAAUUCAAGUGCUGCCCAAGUCAACUGAAGGCGGACGUGAUCAGCAUCGAACGCGAGCUGGCAGACGGAGAUUGAGGCGACAAUUCUUGGUUGUUCUCGUUGAACGAUUCAAAACGUGGCUUGUGGCUUGGAAAAGGUGUGUACCUUUGCGUGUGGGGUUCUUGUUUGAUCCUUGGCAAGAGGCUGUGGGUCUCAAUGUCUGGAAGCCUGGGAUUAUCAUAUUCACCAUUGCGGACGUGACUGGGAGUUUUUUGCGCGUUUGGAGCUCGCGUGUGCAUUUAUCUGUAGGCAUACGACUCCUGCUCAAGCUCAAAAUGAGUCAGUCCGAGCUAGCCUCCCCACGAAAAGAGGAUGGAGAAGAUGACGAAGAAGAAAUCAAAACAAAUGCCAACAGCAAUCGCAGUAUUCGAAGCACCACGAGCAGUGGGGAGGGGAGAAUCCUUCCUGAUGGAUGGAUAGCGUGGCUGGUGCUGGUGUCAUACUACAUCCCCUGGGAGCUUCUGGUGCUCGUCAUCUUACGUGGCCAACGCAUCAACAUCCUUCACGUGUUUGGACUGUUUCGUCUUCUUGCAACCCACAACCGAAUCGACUCUCAACUUGCUGCAACGAUAGGCGGCAUCCCGCAGAAACUAUCGUCGGGAACAGUAGCAAACUUGCUCGUUCUCUUCGUUUAUGGCGUAUUUUUUUGCCAUGUAACAGCGUGCGGGUACAUGCUGGUAGCACACUGGGAAUGUGGAUUGGAAUUCAGGGGGUGCGCCUCGACUGGUUGCUGGGUGCUUCGAGAUCAUCUUGAGAGUGGCUCAUAUUUCCGACAGUACGUUCGAUCGCUAUAUUGGGCCUGCAAGACUGUGGUAACGCUGGGUCAGGGGGACCUUAUCCCAGUCACAUUAGUUGAAACUGGUUAUCGGAUUGUGGUUCAAUUCUUUGCUGGCCUUUGGGUCACCGCCAUUCUGACAGCAUACACUUUUUUCUUCGCCCACAAAGAUGCAAAUCUGACUAGCAACACUAGCACUCGUCUUGAUCAAGCAUUGCAGUUUCUAAUGGCUCGAAAGGCCCCAGCCCAACUAGUGACUUCAGUGGACACUUACUUCCAGUACAUGCAGCGCACCCGCAAUGGCGUUGAAGAAGAACUCAUCCUAGCAGCUUUGCCGCCCCAUUAUCGAACACAAUGCUCACACUACGUGCGCUACAAAGCCAUCGCACCGCUGACGAUUUUUCAACGACGGAAAGGUGCUUUCCUCCGCACUGUGAUGGAGGCGUUAGUGCGAGAUGUGUACACUCCAGGCCAAACACUGCUGCAACCUGGAGACACAGACGAGAUGUUUAUCAUGGCGUGUGGUGAAGUACGAUUGAUUGAUGUGCGUGGAGCAGCAACUUUCUGUGAAGUUUGGUAUCUGCCGACAAAAGCGUUUAAGGCUGCGUUGACAAAGCAUUUUACCAAGCUAGUGUACGCUUCGCUGUUACUACAGCAGUUUGGCACCAAGCCAGCGACGCGCCAUGGCGAUGUGGCGUCAAUGAAGACACAAGCACGCCAGUCCAAAGUCUUAGGCCACGGAAGUUUACUGUUGCAGGCUGUCGAGGCUCGAAGACUGCGUGGCGCCGCUGCUGCAAUUGCCGCUGACUCUGCCAGCUUAAACCCUGAUCGUACAUUAUCCAGCACUGUCGCACAGUUACUUGUCGCUAAAACUGCUGCGUGGCGGAUGCCCAACUCAAAGUUUCGACAGCAAUGGGCUCUGACAGAGUGUAUUUUCAUGAUGUAUCUACUCGCCGAGGUACCGUAUCAUCUCGCUUUCCAACGUGGCUUUGGACUUUUAAAUGGCGUCGCGGGGGUGCAAAGUGACGGAACGACACCUCGGAGUGUUCAAGUGGCAACGUUUCUGCUUUCUUUGAUUGUGGAGACUUUUUUUUGCGUGGACAUCAUGCUGAGAGCCCUUUACUUUGUUAAGCCAUUUCCUGGAGUCGAACUGGAUGAUGAAUUUCUAGGAACUUCCACCCACAAACUGGAACCCGAUGCAGCUCUCGGGUCGCCAAAAUUUUCACUAGCCACGCGCCGGUCACAGAUCUUCCAGCUCUAUCUGCAGCACGAGAGUCUCAUGCUGGAGAUUGUCGCUCUUGCGCCUGCUGCUUUAAUCUGGGAUAUUUUACCAAAAGAGGUGUUUAGUCGACGUAGCAUUCACCUGUUCAGGUGUUUGCGACUCUUACGAUUAUUUCGAGUACGAAAGCUACGCGGUAAACUUCAUGGAGUUUUAGCAGGCCGUGGCUAUGGCUCAGCACUUCGACUUUUGGCAGAAAUUGUGGUGUUCUGCUCGGCAGCAUCUCACACAGCCGCGUGCAUUUUCUUUGCUAUAGCGGACAGAACAUCUUUCGAGGGUGGGUUGCCAGUCAACGGCGUGGCAACGAGGUCCCUUUCACCUUCUACGUGUUUGGAGGAUGCAAGCCGCUUCGAUAACUGCACGUGGUACAUGUUCGAUCGUAGUACGUUCGAGUUGGAUGCCCCAUACUUGCGCUCAAUGCUUUGGAGUAUUGUCGUGUUGUCUACUGUCGGAUUUGGGGAUAUCGUGGCGUUUUCAACGCGAGAAUGCAUUGUAGAUGCACUCUGGAUCUUCUUUGACGCAAAUAUCUGCUACAUCACGAGCUGCGCGCUGUCGAGUGUUUUAGCGCAGGUUAACGUGUUGAGUACAAUCCGUCACGACCGCAUCGAGGGGAUCAAUGUGCUAUUGAUGAGUCCUAGUAUGGCGUCUGUGUCGGAUGCUACGAAACGCACUGUCCGAAGUUAUUAUGAGGCAAAGUGGAAACUCAACGGAAGCGCUGUGGGCGAUCUGGAACUGCUCGAGUACCUUCCUCGCUCAUUGCGUCGUGCAAUAACCUCGCAAUUAUAUGCUCCAGAUUUGCGCCGCUGCGCUCUUUUUGUCGAAGAAUCUUUAUUCAUGCAACAACUAGCGCUGACCAUCACGUGUGAACAUUUUUUGCGAAAUGUGACAGUUAUUAAAGAAGGCCUUUUGGCCACCGAGUUUUUUGUGAUCCUUAGUGGCGAACUUGAGUGCCUUCUGCCCCCAGUUCCUCUUGAAGAUAUUAUGACUCCAAGUUACAAAUUGGUAUCCGCAAGUCGCAUGGCUAGGAAGUCGAUUCACCUUGCGGCUACCGCAGCUUUGAGACGAACACGUGACAGCGCUCGAAUGGCCAGAGAUUUCACAACUUCGACACUGCAGGGCAAUCGGUUAAAAGACGGGGUGACGGCUGUAAGACCCUUUAUCCGACCGCGGUUUCCGGCCGUAGGUGAAGAAGGUCCCACCGCACGAUCUCGCUCUUCCGCUACAUCGCGUUCCUCCGUCAUUUCUUCGCAUUCUAUGCUGAAGGCUCAGCUCUGUGAGACGCCAAGUGAGCGCCAUCCCAAACUUUUUCGCUUCGGUAGUUUCAAAAGUGCAUUGAAAGACCCCACUGCUACUGAUGCAGCCCCCGUGCCAAUCUCUGUGCUAGGGACCCACGACUACUUUGGAGAGGAAAGUUUAGCUGAUACUGCUAAAGUCUACGAGGUCACAAUUCGUGUCGUGUCAAGUGCACGGGUAGCAGUGAUUCGACGUCGUGACUUCUUGGCUUUAUCGUCACGUUUCCCUCAUUAUGUUGCCAGACUUCGAAGCCGAAAAGCUGAACUGCGAGAGAAAACUCGGAACUUGGUGCGAGCCCAUCGUGCUAAUUUUCAGGGUCAAAGUAACAAGAAAAUUGGACGUGUACUGGGGACUUGUACGUCACUUUAUGUGGACAGCAGCAAGUCUAAACUCGAGAAACGCGGCGCGCAUGUCCUGGAUCCAACCAAAACGUUUGCUCGCUGGUGGCACCGCUGUAUUGGGUUAAUCCUUGUGUACAAUUUCUACGUCAUCGUGUUUCGAUUGGCAUUCCUCCCGUAUCCUGACGCUAUGACAAUGGUGUGGUUCACUGGAAUCGACUAUGUACUUGAUGCACUGCUUUAUGCUGACGUGCUCCUUAAAUUUGGACAUUUGGGUUUCCUUGAGUUUGGUGAACCUAUUCUAGAUCCUCAGUCAAUCAAACAGCACUACCGAGCUAGUGGUCGUUUGUAUCAAGAUUGUCUGGGGAUGAUUCCUCUUUACUAUCGUGGCGACACGUUUGGUAUGACUGCUGCUCGAUUGCCACGCCUUUUACGGUGUCUUCAGCUUGGAGAACUGCUUCAGGAAGUCCAUACGGAAAUCCAAGAGCGAUUCUUACGUGGCAAUGCGGUGCUGUUGAGCGUCUUCGACUUGGUCAAGUUUUUCCUGAUCUUUGUGUCGACCGCCCACUACAUUGCCAGUUUGUAUUACCUUCUAGGCUGGACACAACUCGAAACAGGAUUAGUGACAACGAGUUGGAUCUCCGUGGACCUGGUGCUAAGGCAAAACCCCAAUAGCGCGAUGGUACAUUACAUGCGCUCAAUGUACUGUUUACAGCUGAUUGCUUCGGUGAUAUUCUGGCUAGAAACUUCCUCGAGUCCUGUUACGAAUUGUUCACGUGUGUACUUGGGUGGGUUUUCAUCGGCCAGGUUAUUGGUCGUAUUAACGCGUUGA